AUGUCUGGCAAGGAGAUGGAAUACACACGCCUUGGAAAAUCAGGGCUGAAGAUCUCCAAGAUCGUUCUAGGCACCAUGGGCUUUGGUAGCAAUGAUUGGCAGGACUGGGUCCUGGAUGAGGAGGAGUCAUUGAACGUGAUUGAGCACGCCUACAAGCGGGGCAUCAACACCUGGGACACAGCGGAUGUCUACUCCCACGGUCGCUCGGAGGAAGUUGUCGGCAAGGCCCUCAAGAAGUUCGAUAUUUCCCGCAACCGCGUAGUUAUCAUGACCAAGUGCUUCUACGGUGUUGAUGACGAGGGCCAGUUCCCUCCCAUCUGGAAAUCUGCGCGCAACGAUGGUGACUAUGUCAACCGUGUCGGCCUGUCUCGCAAGCAUAUCUUCGAUGCGGUUGAUGCUAGCGUCCAGCGCCUCGGUACCUACAUCGAUGUGCUCCAGAUUCACCGUUUAGACCGUGAAACCCCUCGCGAAGAGAUCAUGAAGGCACUAAACGAUGUGAUCGAAAGCGGCAAGGUUCGCUAUAUCGGCGCUAGUUCGAUGGCGGCUUGGGAGUUCCAGACUCUGCAGAACAUCGCCGCCCGCAACGGCUGGCACCAGUUCAUCAGCAUGCAGAACUACCACAACCUGAUUGCCCGCGAAGAGGAGCGCGAGAUGAUUCCCUACUGUCUCGACAGCGGUGUUGGGCUCAUCCCUUGGUCUCCCAUGGCCCGUGGCGUGCUCACGCGGCCGUGGGGCUCGCGCUCUACCGUGCGCGAGAACACGGACGGUGCUCUUAAGGUGUUGAUCCGCAAUCGAGAGACGGAGGCGGAUAAGGCGAUUGUGGAUCGUGUGGAGGAACUGGCGGGUAAGAAGGGAGUGAGCAUGGCGCAGAUUGCCCUGGCCUGGUCUCUGAGUCACCAGAAUGAGUGCCCCAUCGUGGGUUUGCACAGUGUGGAGCGCGUUGAUGAGGCAGUUGCCAGUCUGAAAAUUCAGUUGAGUUCUGAGGAGAUCCAGUAUUUGGAGGAGCCGUACGUUCCCAAGACAAUUGCUGCGUUGGAGCGGUAA